CUCCCCCUCUCUUUAAUUAAGUUGAUCAUAACUGUAACUCAGCUGGGAUCCGCUUCCGACGUGACACGUUACUGUAAUUCAUGUAGUUAGAUCCUCGGUGGGUUUGCGCACCGCAGCACUGCUCUCGCGCUGCUGUUAAGCGCCGCGCGGCUCCAACCCGGAGAGCUCUCCACGUCGAGCCCGGUGGCGCACGCUCCCCGCACGCAGCGUCGGAUCCCGGCGGUUAGAUACGAACAACGCGACCCUUUGACGGGGACUUUACACACAGGUGGGCGGGUUGUUCUCCGCUACUUUUCAAGUCGUGUUGAAGAAAGUUUUUUUUGUUGUUUGUUUUUUUGUGUGUUAACCGUCCGCUGUGUUACGCGUCGGGCAUGUGGUGGAUGCUGUUUCCCCGAUGGAUUUGGUUUCUCCUGGGACCCUCUUAUACUAUUCUCAUUUACUCGGGGGGCAGCCGCGUGAGAGCGAUGCCGAUGCCCAUGUCCGUGGCCAAAGUGGUGUACUCUCACGCGGGGCUGUGCCCGAAUGACCUGAACCCCAACCUGUGGGUGGAUGCUAUGAGCACCUGCAUGCGCGAGUGUGAAUCCGACCAGGACUGUGAGACAUUUGAGAAGUGCUGCCGUAACGUGUGUGGUAACAAGAGCUGCGUGGCAUCACGCUACAUAGACGUCAAGGGCAACAAGGGCCCGAUAGGAAUGCCGCAGGGCGCCACCUGCGACAAGUUCAUGUGCUCUCAGCAAGGGUCCGAGUGCGACAUCUGGGACGGCCAGCCCGUUUGUAAGUGUCGGGACCGCUGCGAGAGAGAACCCCACUUCACGUGUGCGUCAGACGGCAUGACAUACUAUAACAAGUGCUACAUGGAUGCAGAGGCCUGUUCCAAGGGUAUCUCUAUCUCUGAGGUCACCUGCAGGUACCAUCUGACCUGGCCAAACACCAGUCCCGUCCCAGCAGAGACCACCUUACGCCCCACCACCGCCCUCCAGACCACCCUCCCCGCUGACAUCCAGCUGCCCGCCAUUCACAGCGGCCUCACCCAACAGGCAGUCUUCGUGGGCGAGACGGCCAGCUUCCUGUGCGACGUGUCUGGAAAGCCGCGCCCGCAGGUCACAUGGGAGAAACAACUGAAGGGCAAGGAGAACACCGUCAUGAGGCCUAAUCACGUCGAAGGGAACGUCGUGGUCACCAACGUGGGCCAGCUCGUCAUAUACAACGCGCAACUUCAGGACGCCGGCAUUUACACCUGCACGGCCAAAAAUGUCGGGGGGAGCGCGGCGUCCCACUUUCCCCUGGUGGUGAUCGGGAGGGAGGCGAAAGGUAAGAGCGCGGAGGGAAACGACACCAACCUGCCGUUUCCAGCCGAAGAGUGUCUGAAGAGUCCGGACACGGACGACUGCGGGGAGGAGAGCAUGACCUGGUACUACGAACCAAAGAGGAACAAUUGCUUCACCUUCACCUACAGUCAGUGCAACAAGAACCGCAACCACUUCGACGCGUACGAAACCUGCAUGCUGUCGUGCGGCGGAGAGCUGGCGGCGCCGUGCAGCCUCCCGAGUCUUCAGGGGCCCUGCAAGGCCUACGAGCCUCGCUGGGCUUACAGCAACAGCCUGAAAAAGUGCCAGUCCUUCGUGUACGGAGGCUGCGGUGGCAACGAGAACCGCUUCGAGUCCCGGGAGGCCUGCGAAGAGAUGUGCCCGUAUCCCAAGAACCGCAAGUGCAAGGCGUGCAAACCCCGGGCCAAGAUGGUCAGCAGCUAUUGCAGGAGCGACUUUGUGAUCCUGGGCCGCGUGACCGAGCUGACGGAGGAGCAGGAGUCGGGCCACGCGCUGGUGACGGUGGAGGAGAUCCUGAGGGACGAGAAGAUGGGCCUGAGGUUCUUUGGCAAAGAGCCUUUGGAGGUGACUCUCCUGAACAUGGACUGGAACUGCCCCUGCCCCAACAUCACCACCACCGACGGGCAGCUCAUCAUCAUGGGGGAUGUCCAGAACGGGAUGGCCGUCCUGCAGCCAGACAGCUUCGUGGGACCCUCCAGCGUUCGUCGAAUAAGGAAGCUCCGGGAGGUCAUCCACAAGAAGACCUGUGAUUUACUGAGAGAUUUCUCUGCCGUUCAGUAGAGUCUGUUCAGGUUUCACACUCGCUGGAAGCCGUGUUGUGUUUUCUGAUUAUUUUAAGCUCCAGUGAACUCAACAUCUGUAACGUUGGAAAUGUCGUUGCCUGUUUGAGAUGUUUAUUUUUCUUUUCUUUUGUGUCUUAUUGCUCUGUAGAUCUCAGAGAGUCACUAAUCGUAGCUUCACCGUGUCACUGAUUCUUUAUUGGCAGCUCUUUCCAUUCAGGAUUUCCUUACGGAUCCUCAAAGCGUUCUAAAAUGUUAUGAAGCUUUGUCAGUUUUUUGGCGCUCUGUCUGAAAAAGGCAGUAGUCACAAGUAUAUACCCUCUAACAAUCCUCUUGAAACCUUUUACUAAAACAGCAUUUUAUAUUUUCUCUCAAAUCUUCUUUACACUAAUACUAUUAAUUUAAGGGUAUUUUUUAAUAUUUCUGGUACGUCUGCCUUAUGUUUUUUCGUGGGUCGUCCCAACACUUUGUAACAUCUGUCAGGAACACGUGAGCCGACGAUAAUGCACGGCGAAGCAUCAGUUUAUUUACCAGAAUCAAAUAAGCUCUUUGGUUCCAUAUUUUGUGGAAUCUAUUUUGACUUCCGUCACAAUACAUGAGUAUGUAUGUGGACUUCUGUACCAUGUAUUUAUAUUUCUUGAUUUAUUUUUCAUAUGUAUAUAUAUCUAUAGAUAUAUAGACUUAUUUUGUUUAAUGAUAUCUAUGAUAUAUUAGUGUCCAUUACAACGUGCAUGGAAUAUG